UGCUUGCGAGCGGACCGUCCUCCAAAGCGGGCUUUCGUGACCCCGACCAAAUCAAUGGGAUUUUUGGGUGACUCAUCGAAAUUCAUCUGCUUGGGGUGAGUUUAUUGUUGUUGUUAUUUACGACUGUUCGGCUAAAUUUGACUCGCCCGAUAAAGGACGGGCCCCGUGACGCCGAGCGUUAUAUUUCUCAACUGCAUCGGCGCACACCCCUCCGACCUCGCCUCGGCGAAUGGUACGACCCGGGUAGGUGGAACUUGGAAACGCCACAGAUCAGCGAAGCGUCGAGGCUAAAUGGAGAGGAGGCUCAAGUAAUUGAAGUUGUGUUUGACGGCGUCGGCUCCGGCUCAGUGACGCGCUCCCUCGCUCGCUCGCUACGCGGCACGCCCGGCCACUCUGACGAGAAGGCAACGGGGGAGGGGGGUGGUUACAGGGGAGGAAGAAGGAGGAGCGAGGUGGUCUCCGUGCCGUCGACUGACUCGACUCGCCAUCACCGACGAGGGGAAAGAGACCCGCGAAGAGAGCGUGACGACAACCCACCCCCCAGCUUGUCCGAGCGCAGCGCCUCGCCACAUCGCCCCCAAGUUGUGUCGGCAUCGCCACAGCCCCCACCACCCAUCCAUCCACCCACCAGCCCGCACCGAACUGUGGACAGCACCGCGCGGGCCGCCAGGAAACCGCCCGCCCACCCGCCCGCCCGCUCCAUCGCUCGCCCCAUCUCAGCGGCGGUCGCUCUGCUCGCGCGCCUUGCCCCAGCGGUUAGCGCACGGAGAUCGCUCUUCUCGCGCGCACACACGGCACGGAGAAGCAGCGGCGGCGAGAAGAAGGGAAGAUGAUUCUGCCACAGGGCCCAAACAGGGUCAACUCGAGCAAGCCGCCCUACAGUCACGCCGCGUCGGCGCCGCUGGUCCCCAGCCCCGGGACCCCCAGCAGCUCCUGCAGUCCGGCGGGCAAUGACCUCCUGAGCAAGACCAACCUGUACAUCCGGGGACUGCCCCCACACACCUCGGACCAGGACCUGGUCAAGCUGUGCCACCCGUACGGAAAGAUCGUGUCCACGAAGGCCAUCCUGGACAAGACCACCAACCAAUGCAAAGGCUACGGCUUCGUGGAUUUUGACAGCCCGACCGCCGCUCAGAAGGCGGUGACUGCUCUCAAGGCAACCGGGAUUCAGGCUCAGAUGGCGAAGCAACAGGAGCAGGACCCCACGAACCUCUACAUCUCCAACCUGCCCAUGAGCGUGGACGAGAAGGAGCUGGAGAACCUGCUGAAGCCCUUCGGGCACGUCAUCUCCACGCGCAUCCUGCGCGACGCCGCCGGCACCAGCCGCGGCGUCGGCUUUGCACGGAUGGAGUCCACGGAGAAAUGCGAGGCGGUCAUCCAGAGAUUCAACGGCAAGUUCCUGACCACGCCGCACGGCGUCCCAUUGCCCAGCGAGCCGUUGCUGUGCAAGUUUGCGGACGGAGGGCAGAAGAAGCGGCAGAACCAGAGCAAGUACCUGGUGAACGGGCGUGCGUGGCCACGGGAUGGUGACGGGCGCAUCACCGGCGUGACCCUGACCUACGACCCGACCGCCGCUCUCCACAAUGGGUUCUACUCCAGUCCGUACAGCCUGGCCACGGGACGUAUCAUGGCCCAGACGCCCGUAGGCCCCUACCUUCCCAGCAGCCCCAUCUCCACCUACCAGGUCCACAGCACGUCGUGGAUGCCGCAACAGCCCUACGUCAUGCAGCCGCUGUCUCGUGCUCGCGUGUGUGCGAUGCCGCAGGGCACCGUGAUGUCGCCGGGCAUGGAGCACCACAUGUCCAUGCAGCCGUCCGGCAUGAUGACCCCGCUCGCCCAGCAGAUGGGACACCUCUCCAUGGGCGCAAGCGCCUCGCCGUACAUGACCGCGAGCUCACACAUGCAGGGGACCUACAUCCCUCACCAGUACGCGCACAUGUCCGCAUCCUCCAUGCCAGUGGAGGAUUCUAGCGGCCAGCAGCAGCAGGUGUCCAUGGACGGUGGCGACCACCCGCAGUACGCGUUCCAGCAAGCCAAGUAGCGGUUGGCAAGGCGAGCCUGCUGCGCAAGCAAGGUUGGCCCACAGUGGAGCAACCCGGUGUUGUGCAGUUGGGGAAUGUGAAGCAAAGUGCCUUGGCUCUGAAGCACGGCUCCCGUUCGGGGGGGGCAGGCACCAGCCCUGCAGGGCAGCUUUAACACGCGCACACACACGCAUGCAUGCAUACACAAAGAUCCCGCGUAUAGCCUGGACAGACUUGGGGCAAGUGCUGUUAGCGAGUAGCACCUAUGAAGGCCGGCACGGCGCACGAAGCCGUGGGUGGGCCAACACCACGCUCGGAUGCGUCUGUCUCCCCAGUGCUGAUCUUUUAAACACCAAACGAGGUACUCGCUUGAGGCCCAGUUGACCUACGUACACACACAUGCACGCACGUACACACGCACGCACUCACACGCGAGAGUCUUAACGGAUAAGCGGAGCGCCCCGCCGCCGAGCGUCUACACACAAGCGCCUUCCUUCGCGCGGACCGACAUCGUCGCCGAGCCUGCGGGGACUAUAUUUCCUCUGCCCGCCCCCCCCCCCCCAAAAAAAAAUAUAUUUUAUUUAUUUUAUUUUUUGUUCCACGGUGAUCAUCCCGAGCAAUUGCUACGCUACCUAAGAUGUCGCCACCACGGUGCUUUACGCGAAGACUCCUCCUGCUGCUGCGAGUGACCGAGAUUCAAGGAGCGGCCAUCCAGCAACCCCCCCACGUCUGUCGUGACGAACCUCCAGCAAAGGGAGCGGCGUGUAAAUAGACGCGUGCUUUUUACCUUUAGUCACGCGCGAGAGAGAUUUUUUUUCGCUCGCUCACAUUUUUUCUUCAUUUGUGUUGUCGACUAAAAGAUGUCGCUUCUCCGGUCGUUUUAAUUGGCUGAGUGAGGGGGUGGGGAAGUGGGGGGGGGGGGGGGGUGACGUUCCACGUGGGUUUGUUUAGCUUUUUUGGGAUCGAGUCGGGUAACAAUCUCCCUGGGCGCGCGCACGGAGACAAAGCCACGCUUCCCUCGCUUGAGUUUGCGUUCGUGAUCGCUCGCGCACGUACGAGCCCCGUGCGUUUUUAAGUCUUUUUUAGGAGUUAAGUUUUACGCAUUCGCGUUGAUUCGUUAAGUUUCAUUCAUUUUUUUUGUUCUCUGCGUAGAUGUUUUUAGUUUUCUUCGCUUUUUUUCCUUCAAAUAAUGUAGAUCGUGCUUUAGGAAUUAUAGGUAGCUUGUUAAGGCUUGCAAAUAGAAUGAAGAGAACAAGUUUGUUUUAUUAAUUCUCAGAAAAUUUUACCAGAUGAUUGAUUUCAACACAUUUUUCUUUUAAAGAAUAUUCUAUAUAAUUUUUUUUUUAAGAAUGACUUUUCAAGAUUCACACAUUAUUUUCUGGAGUGCAGUAAUUUUUCUACAUCAAACAAAAAAAUAAAAAAAACAUCUUCCGUCAGAUUAAGCGAUAAGAGGUUGGUUAAGUUUAUCUUUCAGUUUUUUUUUGUGUUUGUGUUGACGUCGCUCGUAUUAAGAUAGCAGGUGGGGGGGGGGGGGGAGGGGGGGCAACCUCUGGUGAAGAAGCGCGGAGGCGCCGCAGCCAAACACAGAGUCUAAAGCACUUAGUCAGCAUUACACCGCCACCACCACCGCCGCCGCCGCGGGCGACACGCAGCCACGUGGGGCUCUACGACACUACCAAAGACGGCGCGCUUCUGCGGACGCGCGGACGCCAACUUUAAGGCGGGGGGGGGGGGGGCGGGCGUGGGGUGGGGGGCAAGGCUUCAGAACUACAAAACUGUUAACACUUUAAUCUUUUUACAUCUGUGGCAGGACCAUUUUGUUCUCAUAUUUUACUCCGUUGUUUUUGUGUAAGCGUUCGGCGUCGUCGGCGUCGUCGUCAUCGUCGUUUUUUUCUCGCGCGCGUGGCCGAUGCGGCUGAUGUGGCUGGUUGGAAGGAAGACGCGGCGCGAUCAGGCAAACACUUUUUGUUUUGUCCACGUCCGUCUGGGCUGUGGUUCCUGCCCCUUGAGUGUGAAGCAAGUCGGUGAGAAUUCUACGACAGCCGGCAGCGUAAUUAUGAGAAACUCCGCGGAUAAAAACGCCGAGAUUACGAUUCAUCACGAGUGACAAAAUCACAGUUGGCGUCGACCAAUACUUUUAAAGGGAUUCCGCAGCAUUUGAUUGACGUUUGCUGGCGCUAAAUGGAAAUUAAUUCUUAGAGCAGGAAUUUCGUUUCAAUGAAUUGCAAAUCCAAUUUAAAGCGAUUGUUUGCGUGGAAAAGUCAUUGGUGACGGGGCUGAGAACCGCCAGCUGGCUACACCCGUCGUUAACGAAUCAUUCAGGCUCUUGUCGGGACGACCCGGGCCACGCGUCUGAAGCCAUCCACCGCCUCAAUAAGCGCCGAUUGUCUCUAUUGUUUGUUUCUAUCGUCGAUCAUGCCUCCUUCCUCCAACACGUAAAGCUGAACUGCGGAGCAAUGUGCGUGGGGAACGUUCGCUCCGAAUACGCCUGGCACGACGCUGCGCGGUGCCAACCAAGGGACGCGUGAGGCGGGGGGGGGGUGGGGGACGUCGGUGUAGCACGCGGGUGGUUGGCACGAGCCCCCCCCCCCCCCCCCACGGUGCAACCGCCGCAGCCCGCGUGCUCGAUAGCCACGCCGACCGCUCGACGCACGGCACGGCCGGCGUGCGUGCGGGGGUCUUCCAGUCCCUGCUCUCACGAGCGUCGCCACGAGGGAUGGCCGAUAUCUACCUCAACGGGCGAGCGCCUGCGUCGUCUCGUAUCCUCCUCCCGCUGGCGCCGACGAAGAGCGCCCUCGCCGAGCGCGCGGGUGCGGCGGCCCACGCGGUGGAGAAGCGCCGAGCCGGCGUACUUUCUCAGACUUGUCGUUCGCUCGCUCCGAUACGUUUUGUAAUCCGUGGCUCGAUUUCAGCCGGGGGGGGGGGGGGAGAUCUGUCGGUCUGGGUUGGUGACUAGGGAGAAUAUCUCUCCGUGCGCGGUACACCACGUCCAGUAUAGCUCCCGCUACGGCUGUGGUGACUUGCUCCUACGGCUCGCGCGCCACCUGCGCCGGUCUCCCAGCGACCCGGAGAGAAUUCAGAGAUGGAGUGUGUUGUUUUUCUUCCAAUAACACAACCCAACAGCGUUCUUUUUAUAUAUAUAUAAACAAGCGGAAACCGUUCCAGAGUUUUCUUGUUCAAACAAAUUCUGUUGGAUAAUAUUGGUCUGGAAAGCCCCAAAAGGCCGAUGGACUACAGAUAUUUUAGUCUGUACGUGGAAGCACAGGAAUGGAGUUCCGCUUACAGUCGAGAAAUAAAAUCAAGCCCUCUCUUCCAGUUCACGUCACCACCACGGCGGCAUUUGCUAUUUUUGUUUGUUUUAAAGAGACAAUUUUUCACGGGGAAAUCUAAAACGUCACCCCUCCGGAGCUGUACAGUGCGACGAGUUUGUAGGUUUGGUAACGUUGGGCAGACGUUCGGCAGAUGCGCCGAGGAUCUCUCGCAAGACGAGGCCGAGCCGCGGCACGCGACCGGGCCGGGCUCCGCGUCGCCAUCGUUUUGGAAAACGGUGCGCGAUCGCUGUCCAUCACGAACCCUGUCCAUCACGAACCCUGUCCAUCACGAACCCUGUCCAUCACGAACCCUGUCCACCACGAACCCUGUCCAUCACGAACCCUGUCCACCACGAACCCUGUCCAUCACGAACCCUGUCCAUCACGAACCCUGUCCACCACGAACCCUGUCCAUCACGAACCCUGUCCAUCACGAACCCUGUCCAUCACGAACCCUGUCCAUCACGAACCCUGUCCAUCACGAACCCUGUCCAUCACGAACCCUGUCCAUCACGAACCCUGUCCAUCACGAACCCUGUCCAUCACGAACCCGACAGAGCGAGGGAGAAACCAAGGAUGUCGAUGGCAUUGUCGUUAAAAGUUUGUACGCUCGCACGGCUUGACGUUGUUGUGCGAGGCAUCUUUGUAAAUAAUCGUUUAAAAAAAAGUACCCACCCACCUCUUCUAGUUACCGGCAGUAAAUUAUCAGAUUGUAAUUUAUAACAGAGGUCUUUUGUCUGUACAGAUAUAAACAGAGAUGUCUAUACGAUCGCGCAAGUCAAUUUAUGUUUUUUUUAUUUUAUUUUUGGGUUUGUUCUUCGUUGUUUUUUUUUUCUUCGGUUGCCUGGACUCGGCCGACAGGGGUUGAGUUUCAUUUUCUGGUUGACACGUUUUGUCGUCGAAAUUGAUCGCGACCGGUGGAAGGAGACCUGAAUUGUGGAGUUCUGAAUUAAAAUAAAACGCUGUUUGAUUCGAA